UGCUCGCGCAUAAGAAGAAGAAGAAGCUACCGGCGAUGGCGGCUCCGCGAAGCGACGAGCUCCCUCCAGAUAGCGUCGAGAACUCGCCCUCGACGGCCCCGAAUGCGACAGGCAGCGCGGUUCAGGGCAAGCUGCAAGCCAGCCACAAGAAGAAGCAGCAGCACCAAAAGAACAAGGCGAACCCCGAGAACGCCACCAAGCCGGAGGCCGACGAAGAGCUCAGGCCCAUCCGGAAGGGGAGCAAAGACCGAGUGCAAAGCCAAUGGUCGCCCGAGAAGCCUCCCCCCAAGGACGCAGAAAGCAAUCCGGCGGCGUCCGACCUGUCCGACCGAUCUUCGGCGUCCGAAGAAGAUGGCAAUCAGGUGAACCGCCUCGCAGCAGCCACGGCCACCGGGCGACCCUCGGCCCUCGGUCGCGGAGCCAGGAGGCGGUCCAUGUCCAUGCCAGCCAAGAAACAGCAAGCGCCAUCCCAGGUGACCACGGCAGCGACGUUCAACGAAGCGAAACCGGGCGCCGACGCAGCGGCCGAGACCUCGGAGGCUUUGGUACGGUCAAGUGAAAUGGAACAGAACUCGCCGACGAGGAGGAAGCCAUCAGUCCGCUUUGGCGCAACAGUUCUUCAACUCAUCACGCCCCACAACAGCGUCUCCAGGAGCCUGUCGCCCGAGGAGUACCGAAACUGGUGGCCGCUGGUCACCGUCGGCGCCGUCAUCGUGGCGGCUACUCUCGGCGUCGUCAUCACGUUUUACUUGCUACACUCUCGAAAGAACGUCGUGGAGCACUGCGCCAGCGUCGAGUGCAGGUUGGCCGCCGAAGACCUGGCGUCGCUCGUGGACUCCCAGGUCAGCCCGUGCGACGACUUUCACACGCACGUGUGCGGCAGGGCGGGGGACAAGACCUUCGGCGGCGCCGACCUGACCAAGAGGGCGCUCGGCGACCUGCUCGUCUUAGUCCACCGCCACCUCCUGAACCGCAGCCACAAGGAAGGCAAGAAGCAUCCGGGCAUCGUGCAGCUGGCUACCACGUUCAGCUCCUGCUACGCGUUCGCCACAUCGGCCAAGCCGCUAGCCGAGGCGCCCCUCGCGGGAGCCGUAGCCGACGAGAGCGACAUCCUGGCGGCCGCCGACGUCGAGUCGGUGCUGCGACGCGUCGUCCGGCUGUCCCUGCGCAGAGGAAUCUCCACGCUGUUCAGCGCGAGCGUCGUCACGUACCACGGCAGCGUGGCUCUGUACGUCUCGCGCGGGGAGUCGCUGAGCGAGAAACUGGGCGAGCAGGCCGACGGCCCAUCGCUGCAGGAGUUCUUGGCGGGGCUUUUCGACGGCGCGUUCGCCGACGCGAAGAAGGUGCGGCGGCUCCACGCCGGUAACGCCGUGAUGCGCCUGCUGAAGUUCGACGAGAGUCUCCGCCCUCGAAGCGGUUACGCCGGAGACAUGGAGUUGGCCGGUGCUUCCAGGCUCGAGUUCAUGAGGCGGUACGUGGGUGGUGGCGACUGGAUGGGCUUCGUGAACUCGCUCUUGCCUGCCGAGUCGCAGCUGAAAGAAUCGUCGCUCGUGCUCGUAUCCGAAGCUGAGGCGAUAAAAAGGCCCGUAGACGAGCUCCGCAAGGACAUCGACUUGGGAGUCAUAUACGUCUUACUCCACGUUGCGAUGGAGAUCGGGCGCUUCUACGGCAUUCCACUGAGGCAAGCGACGAAAACGUGCAUACAGUUGGCGCAAGACGUUUUGCCACCGGUGUUGUCGAACGUCUUCAACAAUUUGACGGCCAGCGCAAUGUCGGCCCCAUCGAGGGCAGGCGCCAUCUUCUUCAGGGUAGGGAAGGUCUUCGCCAGGCACCCGCUGAAGCAAGGCUUGAGCGAAGAAGACAGGAAGAGCGUGGUCUCUCUCCUGAUCAACAUCAACCUGCACGUCCACCGAACCACGCUCGGCGUCUGGCCAAACGGUUCCGGCUGGCAGCCGAGGGAAGUCGCCGAAUUCGAUUCCGCAAACUUCCCCAAGAUGUACGGCACUCUGAAGGUGCGCGAAGCCCUGAGACGUCUCAGCGCCCCGCCUUUGGUGGAACACGUGACCUUCAGGCGUCACCUGCUGGCCAGCGACGCGGCCUAUUCGCCACUGCUGAACGAGAUCUUCCUCCCGGCAUCGCUCCGCCGAGUGCCCGUGCUGUACUCGGGCGAGGUGCCCGCCGAAUUCAACAUGGGCACCGUCGGCGUCCUCCUGGCGAUGCAGAUGUUCCGCACGGGCGAACCGUGGGAGAGAGGCGCCCAGGAGUGGUACGACCAGAACGUGGGCGCCUUCGGACGCUGCGUGAAGCAGUCGAAAGCGAUCGCCUCGCAAGUCAACGCGAUGCCGCCGGACCGGCUUCUCCAGCUGUUCGCGCGGACGUACUCGCUCAGGGUCGUCCACAGGGCGGUCAGCGACCACUACGACGGGUAUCGUUACGCGAGCAACUUCGACGCCGUGUGGAGAGAUGCCCAACGCACGUUGUUCCGCAGGUUCUGCCUGCUGUCGUGCGGCGGCAGCGGACGCAACAACACCACGGGCGAGUCUCAAUUGGACUGCAUCGUGCCGGUGUCCAGCAUGGCCGAGUUCUACGAGGCCUUCGAUUGCGUGGGAGAUGAGGCACUGGGUGCGCGAAACUGUGCGAGCUUGUCCUAGACGGUACCGCGAGGUUCCGCAUAAUAAGCAACACGAACGUCGAUGCCGUCACCACGGACGGUACUGGUUCACGAACAGCUUGAGCGUUGGCGCCACCAUCAAGUUUCUUUCGGAAAUGGUUUUAUCAAGGACGCUUCAUUUCGAACACUGAGUGGGUUUGGCACUGUGAAACAUGACUAUUUCUUUCUACUGUACAGUGAUAACUGCAACACUGCCGGAAGCCCUACUUUGCAAAUGUCUAUCGGGUUUUACGGUGCCUAUCGCGCAUAUUUUCUUUUAGUCAUGGAGUUCCGCUUUGAAACAACUGUUGCACAGGCGUGACAUUCCUGUUUGCUAUUUAUUGCUGCUCUUUUGCGCUAUUUCCAUUUCCUUCAGUGUGUGUUAACGAACUGACCAGUACAGUACCGGUUUCGACAGAUUUUA